AUGACCUGCUGUGAAGGAUGGACAUCCUGUAAUGGAUUCACCUUGCUGGUUCUACUUCUACUGGGAAUAACCCUCAACGCAAUCCCUCUAAUUGUCAACUUAGUUGAUGAAGGCCAGUUUCUUCAAAACCCCAUCUCUUGCUUUGAGUGGUGGUUCCCAGGAAUUAUAGGAGCAGGGCUGAUGGUCAUUCCGGCAACAACAAUGUCCUUGGCAGCAAGAAAGAGAGCGUGUUGCAACAACAGAAUUGGAAUGCUUCUGUCAUCACUUCUGAAUGUGAUCACAGUCAUUGGUGCUGUGUACUGCAUGUUAGUAUCUCUCCGGGCUCUCUCGGAAGGCCCUCUCAUUUGUAACUCUCAAGUGAACAGCACUUCCAGUUGUGAAUUUUCAUUCAACAACUUAAGCAACAUCCAUCCAGAAUCCUUCGAUCUACAGUGGUUCUUCAGAGAGUCCUGCGUGGCUCCUGCUGAGGUCACUGAUCCCACCCUCAGUGGCACCAGGGCCAGUGAUGGUGGACGCUAUAGCUUGAACUUCAGUUCUAAAGAAAACAGACACAGGAUGAUCCAUUUUUCAGUGUUCUUGGGCCUGCUGCUCGUGGGGAUUCUCGAGCUCAUGUGUGGGCUCAGUCAGAUGGCCAUCGGUCUUCUCGGCUGUCUGUGUGGAGUCACUAAUCGGAGAAGCAGGAUUGUGUAGUUUUGUGGCAAUCAGGUGGGAAUCUUAGCAGUUUGAAUCAUCUGGGGAUUGCGUUUGAAAGACACUCUUUCAGAAGUUCAAUAGCGGAAUGCGUCUAGGAAGCUACAGCAACCUUUUUAGGCCAAAAGUCACCUUUGAGGUGGUUAAAAAAGAAAAAAAAAAUCAGCCUUUCACGUAUCAAGCAAGAGCAAUCAUCAGUGGUUGACUUGGAGGAAAGGCGGAGAGAAGUUUUCAGUUUGUUUUGUAGCUUUCGGUACUUCUGUACUAUUUGAAUUUUUAAGGACUAUAUUCUUGUGUGUGGAGGGAGAAGGGAAAGAGGGGGAAGGAAAGGGGGUGGGGAGGGAGGGAGGACAGGAAGGAACAGUUGUCCUGGAAGUGAAAAUAUAGAACUUGUUUUACUAUAUUUCUUUAUACUUGAAAUAAAAAAAAGAAUAAACAGACAACCUGAAUGUUUUUAGACCUAAUUUCUAGCUCACAAUAUGGGGAAGAGGACACACUAGGACAAACCCCAAAGGUGGGGCAUUGAAAAGACAAUAGCCCCGUUUUCAACAAGAAAAUAUACGGGAGAAUAAAAGGCGUGAUGGGCAGAGGGUGCUACUCUAGAUUAAGAGGCCUGAUUCAAUGAAAUGCAUCUUGCGGACUCUAUCAGGGAUAACUGGGGAGACGUGUACAAGGAUUGGUUUGGGGGGCGAUGCCUGGAGGGCUCAGUCGGUGAGUGUGCGACUCUUGAUCUGGGACUUGUGAGUUCGAGACCCACGUUGGGCAUAGAGAUUACUUAAAAAAAUAAAUAGGGGGCACCUGGGUGGUGCAGUCGGUUAAGCCUCCUACUCUUGAUUUCAGCUCAGGUCAUGAUCACACGGUUCUUGAGAGUGAGCCCCAUGCCAGGCUCUGCGUGGACAGGCUGCUUAGGAUUCUCUCUCUCUUGACCCCUCCCCUCCCCUACUCAUGCUGUCUCUCAAAAUAAACAUUAAUAGACACGUAGAUGGAUGGAUAAAGAAAUAAAUAAGAACUGGUUUCAGUGAUGUUCUUAAACAAUUAUUGCUAAUAUUUUUAGGUGUGACAAUGGUUUAACGGUUGUACAGAAAAUGUUCUUGUUUUUGAAAAAAUGUAGAUUUACAUGAGUGUUCUUAUUUUUAUUAUUUUUUAAAAUGUUUAUUCAUUUUUGAGAGAGAGAGAGAGCACGAGCAGGGGAGGGGCAGAGAGAGAGAGGGAGACACAGAAUCUGAAGCAGGCUUCGGGCUCUGAGCUGUCAGUACAGAAUCCAAUAUCGGGCUUGAACCCAUAAACCGCAAGAUCACGACCUGAGCCAAAGUUGGAUGCGUAACUGACUGA